UUCUCUUCCGCCUGUGCGCGUAGAGCAGUCGCCGAUAGCUCGCUUGCAACGGGCUCGGCAAACGGGUCCUGUGGCGGUAUAAAAGCACGCGCAGCAGCCAGGCGUCGGCAGGCUUCCAUCAUGCGGUUUCUCAUCUUGCUCUUGGCUACCGCUGCGGCCCAUGGGGCGACGCUUCGGGACGGAGCCAACCUGCUGAUCCGCGGCGAGGCCAGCGGCUACCUGCAGACGCCAGGCUUCGCACUUGGACAGCGCACGCCCAACGGGUUCCGAGGCGCGGCGACCAUCUACGCUCCGCCGGGCUACAGCAGACUCCGUCUGGACUUCGACAGCUUCGAUCUGGAGACGAGCAGCCAGUGCAAAGCAGACUGGGUCUCCAUCGAAGAGAACGGGACGAGGACAAGGAUCCUGUGUUCGAGCUCGCUACCGCCGCCGUACCUGAGCUCCUCGUCGGCAGUCACGGUGUUCCUCGCCACGGACAAGAUGAAAAGCAGCCGCGGCUUCCUCAUGCGCUUCUCCGCCACCAACAGCCGCGAUCUGUGCAGCAGCCCCGGCCAGUUCCAGUGCGGCAACGUGGCCUGCAUUCCGACAACGCGCGUGUGUGACGGACGGUUCGACUGCGCCGACGGCUCCGACGAGCAGCACUGCCGCGUCAACCGAUGGUCGCACCAACUGGCGAGGAACACGGAGUGCGGCAGCCCCACCGUGCAGCCGGACGUCGAGGUGGCCGACCGCAUCGUCGGGGGACAGGAGGCGGUGCCCCACAGCUGGCCCUGGCAGGCGAGCAUCCAGAUGAAGAGCUUCUGGCCGGCGGCCCACUUUUGCGGAGGAGUCCUGGUACGCAACGACCUGGUCAUCACGGCCGCUCACUGCGUGCAGGGGAUGCGUCCUGAGAACCUGGUGCUCAAAUUUGGCAGCCAUGACCUUGUCCGCGACGACGCCGGCGUCCAGAUAAGGAGGGUCUCCUCCUACGCAACGCACAACAACUACCGGCCAGACGAUCUGACGCACGACGUGGCCGUGAUCAAGCUCUCGCUGCCGGUGAACUACACCGCGCACGUCCGGCCCGUCUGCCUCCCUGGCGCCGGACAGCAGCUGGCCGUCAACACCACUUGCUUCGCCAGUGGAUGGGGCAACACGCGAGGCAGCGGCGGCUCGUUCUCGCUGAAGCAGGCCCGGCUCGCGGUGCGCCCCUUCGCGGCCGCGUGCGCCGCCAUCCUCGCCGCGCAGCCGAGCCUGGACGCCAGCGCCGUGGUGUGCGCCGUCGACGAGUCCCACGACGCCGGGCCCUGUCACGGAGGACAGAUACUAAGGAUGGCCAUAGCGUUCAGUGCACUAUUCCAGAAGCCAGUGCGGGUAAUCAAUAUUCGUGCUGGAAGGAGCAACCCAGGCCUGAGGCCACAGCACUUAACAGGCAUCAACUUGGUGAGGGAUAUCUGUGGAGGCCAUCUGGAGAAUGCCUUUAUUGGGUCGACAGAAGUUGUGUUGUACCCUGGCCCCAUCAGAGGCGGGGAGUUCUUUGCUGACACUGGAACAGCAGGGAGCGUAGUGCUGCUCCUUCAGGCUGCUCUGCCAUGCCUGCUGUUUGCAGACGCACCAUCUGUGCUGCGCCUUCGAGGUGGAACCAAUGCAGAGAUGGCCCCCCAGAUUGACUACACGCUGUCGGUGUUCCUGCCCAUAGCAAGAAAAUUUGGGGCUUCAUGUGACAUCAAGGUUCUUAAAAGGGGUUACUACCCCAAGGGAGGGGGCCUAGUGGAGGUCUGCACACAGCCUGCAGGGUCCCUGAAGCCAGUAGUCCUGACCGAGCCUGGAUAUGUGGCCAGAGUGACAGGCAGAUCCUUUGUAGCUGGUGUUCUCCCUAUCAAGGUGGCCCACAUGAUGGCCGACAGUGCAGUGAAUAUCCUGAGGGAGCAGUUGCCAUCUUCUGUCGCUGUCUCAGUGGAGCAACUCAAGGAAUCUGAGGCAAACGCAUUCGGCACAGGAAGUGGCAUUGUUUUGUUUGCAGAGUCCUCGACUGGGAUGAAGGUUGCUGGCAGUGCAUUGGGAAAACGAGGUGUGACGGCAGAAGCUGUCGGUCAAACGGCAGCUGAAGAGCUUUGUCAAGAACUCAGACAGAAUGUCUGUGCUGAUAAACACCUCCAAGAUCAGGUGAUUGUGUUAAUGGCGCUCGCAAAUGGAAUAUCGCAAAUUGUGUGUGGGCCUCUAACAUUGCACACUGAAACUGCAAUCUAUGUUGCCCAUCAAUUAACACAGCAGCGAGACUGGCUGGACAACCUGGCUCAGUUCCGGGGACAUCGACCGACAGCUUGAACUGGUGGACUGGGCAGAGAAGGCCAAGCAAGCCCAGGGCCUUACUUGAGCUCGAUCCCUCACCCACGUCCCCCUUUGCCCUUCCCCCUUUCAAUAAGUGUAUCACCACCACCAUGCGAAAACACUCGUGUAUCUAGGUUUAGGUGCACGUUAAAGGAACCCCAGGUGGUCCAAAUUUCCGGAGUCCCCCACUAAGGUGUGGCUCAUAAUGAGAUUGCAGUUUUGCCGCGUAAAACCUCAUUAUUUAAUUGUCUAAUUAUAUUUAAAAGUCUACUUAAUUAAGACAAAUUAUAUAAUUAGGCAGAAUGAAACAAAUAAUUUUAGUAUCUCCAAGCGGAGGCGAGCAUUACACUGGUUUUGUCCAGCUAUGUUGCAUUUGCAUAUUUUUAAACUCUGGCUAAAGUUAGCUGGGACACCCUGUAUAUCUUUAAGCAUGGAAACAAGAAAAAUUACCAACUUUCAGUGCAAAUCUAUAUGUCCUUCUUUAUAUUAGUAAAGUGUGUACAUAUCAAAGGGCAUUUUGUGGGUCGGAAAAAACAAGGAAAAUACUUGGUGAGGCGAACAUAAGAAAGCAGCGAUGUGACAGGAUGAGUAGAGGGAGGCAAAUGAAGAGCAUGACUUUGAAGCUUUAUUAAUUGAUGUGAAGCAUUAUUAGAAUUGAUCUCUGGGUUUUCGUGUUUGUUCAUCCAGCGAGACAGCCUUAAUUGCAUAAUAUUUAUAAUAAUAAGCAAUUAUGUGUAUGGUGGUAGCUAUUCAACCCCGAGUGCAGCAGCCCAGUGUUGUACCUAUUAUGCCACAGGUUCCUGCAUAGAUUGGCAUAAUAAAAAUUUACCAGUUCUCUCAUCCAGGUCGGCAUCGCAUAGCAACACUUGUAAAAGUGACAGCACGCCAGCUGCUUCAAGCAGGUAUACUUCAGUGGUGCGUUUCGGUGUUUCCUCAUUCUCUCAACACUGAUGUACCAUGCCUUGUACUCCAGGUGCCAUUAGGCAUUCUUUCAAUUGCAGCCUCCGCACUGCACCUGCAAGGCCAGUUGUAGGCAGGUGUUCGUAGACAUGCACGCACCGCUGGUCCAGCACCACAUGUGUGUGUGUGUGUGCAGGUGUUUCCCUGGUGCUGUACUGAUGUGUGUCAUACUCAAGGUGGUGUUCUGCUGAGCAUGGCUUUGGCGAACUUCAAGUCACAAUCAUGCUGUAUAAACUUGGGUGCUUAAAGGGUAAUUUUGCUGCUGCUGACCCAGAAAAACUUGCAGAAGAACAGCCUUUCUUGGGGUGUUCGUUUGUGUGAUCGUGUGCACGUACAUGAGAGCGUUCUCGUGAUCUGAAAGAAUUUACCAGCCUGCUUCUCUUGACCCCUUAGCAAGUACCAGCACUGUAAGUGAUGUUCACAGAAAUUGAAAAUUACCUAUAACAUCUCAUCACAUGCAUUGUGUGGCAAACACUUGACAUCGACAUAGAUCCUCACAUUGCAAGGGAUCUGCAUAAGCAUGCAUUAUUUAAAACUUGCCUUGAACAUAAGCAGCUAACUUCGAACAGCAGAGACUGACAAGCAACGCAUUGCUUUUAGAUGACCGUCAUGGAAGGUUUGAAAACCAACGAGCAAAUCUUUUUCAUUAACAAAAUUAAUUUUUUGUUGUCUCAUAAAUUAGUAAAAUAAAAGAAGCCCAAAUUUGCAAAGUUCACGAAAUAAUAUGAGAGUUGGCAGGUAUUUAGCAGAGCACUUUAUGUUUCAGCCGUUACAUCACAUAGUUUUUGCAGAACCAGUCUCUGGAAUCUCACAGGAUACACCAUUGUUCCCUGAUGCUCCUGCAACUUUCAUUGCAUUUUGAAUAAGACAAGGAAAAUUUUAGCAGUACAGACAUGAGAGAGAGAGAAUAAACGUUCCUUGUUGGUCCCAAAUGUGUGGGCUCUGAGUCGUUAUUUCCUUUAAAGGGCCCCUCACCAGGUCUGGCCAUUUUGAGCUGACAAGCUCGGAGCAUGCAUUACAUGAUAACGAUCGUUUCUGCAAGGUAUUACAUAGCUACGCGCCGCAGAAAGAUCUGAAAUUCUAAACCGAACGCAGUUUUUUCUUCUCGUGACCACCGUGCUUCAAGCCGGAGGGUGACGUACUCGUAUGCCUGCGCCUACGUACUGGUGUCCGCAGUGUGACGUCGCUCGUGGUGCCACGUCACUUCGAUAUUUAUUCAAGACAUCGGUUAUCUGUGCGAUCGGUUGCUUGAAUUGACGAAUUUAAGUUUAGAGAAAUAAUAAAACAAAUGGAACGUC